AUGCGAACGCCACGGCCGGCCGCGCAAAGGCCAGCUCUCAAAAGCCGGGAACACGGGCUUGACACGUAUGUGCGUAAAAUUCACGGGCGGGCGAAAUUCGAUCGGGAGCUGAAGCGGCUUGAUUAUCAUGCCCAAAAUGUGAAGCCCUUGGCGGGCCGCGUAAAGGGUCUGAAUAUUCGCUUGCUUGGCUUGCUGAGUGCAGCCUUCAUAAGCAGCGGGCAUGGGCAAUGUACACCGCAUUGCCGGCAAGACUGCGGUGUGCACACUACCAUUCUCCGUCAUGCACCUUUGCACGGCGAGCCACUUUCGCCACCGUACGGCAGCAGCUGGCCGCGGUCAUUGUGGUCACCCUACGAAGCCGCAAUGGCCGCGGCCAGCUGCUUCACCAGAAACCCUGGAUGA